AUGGCCCCUGGUCCAAGCCUACCAAAGGAUGAUCCGAGAGCCGACUCAGAAGAGGCUGCCAAAGCGUGCGGCUGGCAGAAUGUGAAUAGCAGAGGCUACUCCAUCCUAGAGAAGCCGCACGGACUAUCUCAACACAAGCGCGUUAUUGUGAUCGGCGCUGGAGCAACUGGCAUAUCGUUCGCCAAGUUCUCCGAGGCUUUGACGAACCUCGACUUACAAAUAUACGAGAAAAAUGACGAGGUUUCAGGCACAUGGUGGGAAAACAGAUAUCCUGGCUGUGCCUGCGACAUACCUUCUCACAUUUAUCAAUUCAGUUGGGCAAUGAAUCCUAACUGGUCCCACUACUACUCGGAUGCUCGCGAGAUCUUCGAAUAUUUCAAAGGCGUUGUGGUCACUCACGGGCUCCGCAAGUAUAUCAAGUUACAGCAUCAGGUCGUUCGCGCAAAUUGGAACUCCGAGAACUGCAAAUGGGAAGUCCAAGUUCAAGGACCAGACGGUAACAUCUUCGAAGACGAAUGUGACUUCUUAGUUAAUGCUUGCGGCCUUUUAAACAACUGGAAAUGGCCGGAUAUCCCUGGUCUCCACAGUUUCAAAGGCAAGCUGGUCCACUCGGCUGCCUAUGAUGAAUCUACCAUUCUUGACGGAAAGAGAGUUGCCGUUCUGGGGGCUGGGUCAUCCGGUGUCCAGAUUGUUGCCAAACUUCAACCCAUCGUUAAGCAGCUCUACACUUGGAUUAGGUCUCCUAUCUGGAUCAGCGCCGGAUUUGCCUCCAGGUUUGCCGGUCCAGACGGCCAAAAUUUCAAGUAUGGUGAGGACAUCAGAAGGAAAUUCGCUGAGGAUCCUACCAGACAGCUCCGUUACGUCAAAAUGCUAGACGCAGAGCUUGGUCAACGGUUCUACUUCAACUUCAUCAAUACCAAGGACGCUCAAAAGGCUAAGGAGUUCUCUCGCAGGCAGAUGGAAGAGAAGUUGAAACUUCGACCAGAUCUGAUAGAGAAGAUAAUUCCUACGGCGUAUGGGCCCGGAUGUCGCCGACCGACCCCAGGAAAUGGAUAUCUUGAAGCGUUGAUGGAGUCCAAUGUGACUGUCUACACAAAAGACGUCCGACAGAUCACUCCGUCGGGAUUUAUUGACAAUGAUGGCCAUGAGCACGAAGUCGAUGUCAUUAUCUGCGCAACGGGAUUCGAUACAUCCUAUGUCCCACGGUUCCCUGUCAUUGCGAAUGGCAAAGACCUCAGGCAGGAGUGGGCCGAAGAUCCUGUGUCAUAUCUUUCGGUCAUGAUACCAGAUUUCCCAAAUUACUUUCUCUCCAUUGGGCCGUAUAGUGCGACCAAUGGCUCACUUAUUCCUCCCAUCGAGCAUGGAUGCAAAUAUAUGCUCGAAAUCAUCAAGAAAUGUCAGAUUGAACAAAUUCGCUCGAUAGCACCGAAGGCCGAUGCAACUGCCGAGUUCCGGGAGCACUCGGACUUAUUUCUGAAAAGAACCGUUUGGAAUCAGAAAUGUCGAAGCUGGUACAAGGGCGGGACUAUCGACGGUCUCCCGCGCCUUUACCCUGCGUCAAGAGCACACUUUGUGGAGACCAUGCAGCCACGGUACGAAGAUUUUGAGAUCAAGUAUGAGAGCUCCAACAGGUUCCAUUUCUGGGGCAAUGGGUUCACAGUUCGUGAGCUCGACGGACGGGACCCGACAUGGUACCUUGGUAUCGUGGAUGGCGAGGACAAACAGCCAGACUACACCGAGGAUGAAAAAGCUGUGCUCUUCUCUGCAUCAGGUGACACUUAG